AUGAACGCGCAAGACAGGUUCAUGGCCGACAGUGAGCGCGAUGCUUCACCUGAGAGAUUCGGUCCCAUCGAACGCCAUGAAUCCCACGAGAUACCCAUAGCAACAAGACGACGUUCUUCAGCAUCAUCGCACUCUGGAAGCUCGGUCAGGCUACAAGAGAUGGGCAGAAGCAUUUCUAGAAUUGAAACACAACACGAGAACGAGGCGGAUCUUGAAAGACAUCCCACUGCAUUGAGCAGAAUCCAAACUGGCAGAAGUCAACACAGCGCUACUGUUGGAGCGAAUGGCGCAGAGGGUUCAGGAUUUGGAGUUUUCCGCACAAGAUCUUCCAAGGCAAGCAAACCUUUGCCUGCCUUUGGUGGUGGCAAGCCUUAUCCUCCUCCGUUGCCAGAAAGAGAAGAAUACGUAGUAGAAUUUGAUGGUCCGAAUGAUCCAAUGCAUGCUCAGAACUGGCCUUUCAAGAAGAAGCUUCCUGUCGCUGCUUCGCUAGGCUUCGUUACUUUGACUGCUGCAUUCGGCUCAUCUAUCUUCUCCUCCGCUACUGGUGCUGUCGCUCUCGAGUAUGGUGUUUCAAGAGAAGUUGGCAUUCUUGGUAUCUCACUUUACGUUCUCGGUUUUGCUACUGGUCCUAUAUUCUUUGGCGGUUUCAUGGGUGCUUGUCCGCUUACCGUCGUUGGAGCCGUUUUCGCCGAUAUGUUUAACAACGCUCAGAGAGGUGUCGCCGUCACUGUCUUCAGUAUUGCCGUCUUCUCUGGACCUUUACUCGCGCCCUUCAUCGGUGGCUUCAUCACGACUUCCUAUCUCGGAUGGCGCUGGUGCGAAUACAUCACCGCCAUUAUGGGCUUCACUGGACUCGCCCUCCUGAUUUUCCUCCUCGAAGAGACAUAUCCACCCGUCAUUCUCGUCAACAAGGCUGCCGAGCUUAGACGCAGAACCAAGAACUGGGGCAUUCACGCAAAGCAGGAGGAAAUCGAGAUCAAUCUGCGCGAACUGGUUGAGAAGAACUUGGGCAGACCUAUGCUUCAAAUGAUCCCUGCUAAUCAAGUCAGNGCAUUCGUUUACGGACUGCUCUACCUGUUCCUGACUUUCUACCCGAUCGUGUUCCAACAAGUACACGGCAUGUCUCCUGGUGUUGGCGGAUUGCCAUACUUCGGUAUGAUUCUGGGUGAAGUUUUCGCUGGUCUCUACAUUGUUAUCGACGUACCAUCAUACAACCGCAAGCUGAAGGCUAACAACAACAUCCCUAUCCCGGAGUGGCGUCUUCCCCCGGUCAUUAUCGGUGGAGUACUCUUUGGAAUCGGUUUGCUGUGGUUUGGCUGGACAGGUUUCCGUGCAGACAUUCCCUGGAUUGCUCCGACUCUGAGUGGAUUAUUUACCGGAUUUGGCAUCAUGUCCAUCUUCCUCCAGUGUCUCAACUAUCUCAUCGACAGCUACCUGAUGUUCGCUGCUUCCGCUAUCGCUGCAAACACAUUNUUGCGUUCGCUUUGCGGUGCUGGAUUCCCUCUNUUCGCAACAUACAUGAUCGAAGGUAUGGGCAUUCAGUGGGCAGGCACUUUGCUCGGAUGUUUCGCCUUCUUGCUUGUUCCACUACCAAUUCUCUUCUACCUGAGAGGAGCUCAGAUCAGAGGCAAGAGCAAGUUUGCACCUACUUUCCCUAUCGCCAACAAAGCAUCAGCCAACCCAGACGACGAGCCUGUCUCAUCUGGCAGCGGUUCUGAUGCUUCAAAAGAUAUCGAGAAACAAGCAUAA